AUGUUCAAGUUCUUCCUGUUAGCUGCUCUAGUGCCAGCAAUGGUAAUGGCUGCCGUUGACUUCACCGCAUGCCCCAAUGGAGCACCGACACCAUCCUCGUUGACUGUCAACGAUUGUUCCGGUGGUGUGUGUUCACUGACGGCCGGAGGUCCGGUGAACGCUCUGGCUACUGGAAUCGUCAGCCCUGCUGACAGUGCCUCGGCAACCGCUCACAUCGUCGUCCGUCUGGGAGGUUUGGAUGUUGGAUUCGAAAUUCCAGCAGAGCUAGAGGAUGCAUGCGCCGUUGGCAUUCAAGGAGGCUGUCCGCUGAGCGCCGGUGCCGCUUUCAACUAUGCACUGAACGAUGAUUCCCUGGAUGUUCCGGCCCGCGGAGUGGAGGUAGAGAUCGAAGUUGGUCUGACCGGCGAUGGUGGAGUCGCUCUCGGCUGCCUGCGAUUCAAUGCUAUUAUUAACUAA